AUGACCCGUACUGACGAUCCUGUCCGGCCCCUUCAAUUGUAUCGCGGUGACACAAACGAGGGCACGAAAGAGUCGGUCUACCACUCGACACAUCCCGCUCCUCUUGAGCCCUCGCUUCGUGGGGAGAUCCGUCACCAACCCAACAAAAAGCUACUCAGCCAGGAGGAGACACUUGAGCUCACAAAGCGAGCAGUGGAAAAUGGCUUGCAGGAAACGAAACGAUCGUUGGCGGGCAGUGAGGCUGUCGAUGAUGUGGUUAGACCGAAGCUGACGAUUGACCUGGGCCAUUCCAAUAUUGGGUGGAUUCCGGAAUCUAUGGCGGAUAUUAUCAAAGAUGAAGUCGCGAGGCUAUCCCUGUCCAAUAACCACAUUGACCAUAUACCGUACCGGUUUUCAGAAUGUACCCACCUUCGUUAUCUCAAUAUUCGAGCGAAUAACUUUACGCAGUUUCCUAAGGGUGUAUUAAGUUUGACUUUUCUCGAAAUCUUGGAUCUUAGCCGCAAUAAAAUUCCUAAAAUUCCUGAAGAAAUUCGGAACCUCACGUCACUGCGAGUUCUUUCCAUCAUGCAGAACCUCCUCGAUGAUCUACCGACAGAAUUGGCAGAUUUGAGUAAGCUUCAAGUUUUGAAGGUUUCCGGGAAUUCUCUAAAGUACCCAUUGAAACGGGUCCUGGAACUCAACGAAGCGGAUGUUUCUGCUUUUGAGAUGACAGAUAAUGAGAAAGAAACUGCAAUUACAGCGGAAUUAAAAAGAUUUUUGAAACAUAGACAGCCUGUGUCACACAUCGAAUUUGACGCCGGAAGCGAGAGCAGUGAAACCCUGAUGGAUACUCCGAAACCUUUAAAACGUGGGAACAGAUUCCCAGUGAUCCCAAGGACAAAUGGUUCUGAAUCGGCGCAUUCUUCCAGGUCUCCUUCAUUCUCCAGACCUCCUCCAAUUCCGACGCGGUCCCAUCACCGAAUUGCAUCCGUCCAGAACGGUAAUUUUCACAACGGCACAAACCAGCGCUCGGGAUUUAUGCCGUUCUCGGGCGCUAGUGAGCGGUAUCGAAGUAAUAGCGAAGGGGUGAUCCAAGGCCCUGGCGCAUCUCGAAAUAAGCGUAUUGGAUUAAUCGGUCGCAAGAAUACUGACUUGGGAACGCUCGACGAAGUACGACCAUAUCGUAGUAGUCAUUUACGCGGUUUGAGUCAUGGGUCCGUUUUGAAAUCCAAAUCUGGUGGCUUGGUAGCUGGGGGUAGCAGUUCAUCCAGUCCAGGCAGUCCGAGAGAAAGAAGAAAGUUAAAAGAUGGCUUUGUUCACCGUAUGUCAAGCCUUCCGGAACACAAAGUCAAAGUGAGAACACAGGAGCCAAUCAUUGAGGUUGCAAAGGGCAUCCUGUAUGCACUUCACCAAAUUCACCCCCAUGUUUCGUUGUUGAUCAAUGUUCUCAAGGGUGAGGAUGCGAGAAGAAAUAGCCUCGAGAUUGUUUUUUACAAUGCCUCGACUCAUCUGGAGCAGUUGAAUGACGCUCUAGAAAGAAAAGAGCAAAUUGACUUACAGGAUGCUGAAGGGGCAAGGAGAGCUUGCGAAAUGGUAAAACGCGAGUGUGAAACUUGCAUCAUGGCAUAUAUACAUGUUGCAACUCAACUUCGACUCAAUGUCAGCAGGGCUGUUUCACUUAGUGAUCCUAGGUACCUCCGUUCGCUACUUCUUAUGAUAUUUGGGAGCUUGACUGAGCUUCGGAAUGCUUGCUCUCACCUUGGAAUUGACGUUCACUCUCAGCAAUCCAACUCUUCCGGAAAAGACGUUUCUCCCUUCCCGGAAUUGCUAAGAGAAGGGCCAUCUGGUGAUAUAGGCGAGUCUGUUGCAACACCUACUAAAGACCGACCUUCACCCACAAGGAGGUUACGCAGUAAUACAACUAUUGUGCACCCGAACGCUGCUACCAAUUUAAAUACUACGAGUAAUCAGCCGCUAAACCCUAACCCUACUCCAGCCUCAUUCAAUCCACCCUACACUCUCCCAUCUGUCCCGUUGUCACCGCUGAAUUUUGGUGACCGAAGUCGAUCAAGUAGUAGAUCUAAUACCCUUUUAACUUCAGGCCCAUCGUCCUUGGCUAAUACUCCGCGAUCCGGUGAAACGUUUGGCAUAGUCAACAGUUCUGUUCCUAGUCGCAUUAACCCGUUAACAGGCUUAGACGAAGUUGAAGAGGAACGAAUAUUUGAAAAGAUCUUCAGCCAGCUUCAAUCUGCAUAUUCCUCCGCGCUGCAUGCUCUCCCUGGCGUUGCUCAACGAUUUGCGAUAUUCCUUAAAUCAGCUCAAGAUAACAGUGCCCCAGAAGGACUACGACUCCUUUGGAACAGGCUAAUAUAUCGCUGUCGUAUCUGCAAUGAUGUUUCGGAAGCCCUGCACCACAGACUUUCAAAUACGAAAUUGAAAGAGCCCGCUGGCGCAAUACGUAAUCAGCGUGAGUUUUGGCAACUUUGCAAAACCUUAAUCCAGUCUUUCAUUGAGCUGGUAACGGAUAUGCGGGAGGCGAAAGGCUACGGCCUGCUCAACUCAGAAAUUGUCGCUACGCUUCGCCCUGUGCAAAGAGCAAUCAGGGAAGCUGGUCGUCUAAUUGAUGCCUCUCCUUGGUCUUACCUAGCUGAAUUAAACACUUCCAAUCCGACGGGAAUCUAUCCGCCCCACAUUCAUGCUCACCAUAUCCAGCACUAUGCCAAUCCUUCGACAUCAACGUUAAGUGCGACAACAUUAUCAUCGCCACAGUCCGUGCCAAUGCCUGCAACGCCGUUAAGUGCCGCUCUGGGUCCCGCAGCUCAAGCAACGGUACCAUCGACAGCUGCGAGUGCGUAUAGUUACCGAUUCUUCGCGGGUGAUGUGUUUCAGAGGGCGGACUCUCUGCUCAAUACGGCCAAUCCGGCUCCCAUGUUCCUCCGUCGAUAA